AUGAAGAGAGCUAGGCAGAAAGUUGUGAUUGAAAAUGAAGGUCCUCAAACAUUACAGAAAAGCAAAAACCAGAAAACUUGUUUACAUGGCUCCGCGUUUGGUGAAUCUGAUUUGCAUGCCUCAAUGGACUGGGGAAGCCUUCCGCACCAUGUUAUUUUGCGUAUUUUUCAGUUUCUACCUUUAGUUGAUAGAGCUAGGGCAUCUUCCGUUUGUCGAAGGUGGAAUGAUGUUUUUCACAUCCCAGAUCUCUGGAGGAGAUUUGAAUUUGAACUUAGCCAGCCAGCUACUUCUUACUUAAAGUCUACACAUCCUGAUCUCAUUCAGCAGAUUAUAAAGAGGCAUGCUGAUCAUCUGCAGUACGUCAGCUUCAAGGUUGAUAGUAGUACUGAGUCAGCAGAAGCAGCCUGUGACAUCCUUUCUCAGUUGGUGAACUGUUCUAUCAAGACACUGGGUUUGAUUUCUACAGCAAAACCAAGCUUCAUGAAUGUCUCUAAGGCUCAUUUUGCUUCAGCACUGACAGUAGUUUUUGUAAACUCCAAGUCGUUAUCAUCGGUCAAGAUAGAUGACACACCACUUGAUGAUCCUUCCUUGAAGGUUCUUGUUGCUAACAAUAGUGAUACUCUAAAACUGCUAAAAAUGAGCAGCUGUCCUCAUGUAUCACCUGCUGGAAUUCUUUGUGUUGCUGACCAGUGUCAUGGACUUAAGGAGCUGGCUUUGAACUAUUACAUAUUAAGUGAUGAACUGCUGCUGGCUCUUUCGAGUGAAAAGCAUGUUGAUCUUGAACAUCUUCGCAUAGACGUUGUGAGUGAAAACCCUGGACAAGUUGAAUUUCACACUAUUAAAAAGCAAAGCUGGGAUGCUUUUGUUAAACACUCCCCCAAAGUCAACAUUGUAAUGUAUUUCUUCUUAUACGAAGAAGAAUUUGAUGCUUUCUUCAGAGAGGAAACCCCUGUUACACACCUUUACUUUGGUCGUGCAGUGAGCAAAGCGAUGUUAGGUCGCAUUGGCAUGAAUUGCCCAAGGUUAAUUGAGUUGGUUGUGUGUGCUAACGGACUUCAGCCUUUGGAUGACGAACUUAUUCGGAUUGCCGAGCGCUGUAAGAACUUAACAGCAAUGGGACUUGGUGAAUGUGAAGUAACUUGCAGAGGUUUUAUUGAAUUUGUAAAGAUGUGUGGGGGCAGGCUUACCCAGCUUUCUAUAAUGGAGGAGGUACUGAUUCCAGAUAAUGAUUAUAGCUUAGAUCGGCUUCAUCUGGAAGUCUCCAAACACCUUGGAAGAAUGUGGUUUCCUGAUAUGAUGCCAACGUGGUAAAUACUCUACAUUUAUGGACAAAAUAGUAGAAUCAGGGUGUUGCUUUCUAUGCAAAUAAAGAAUUUAAAAAUGAAAUCUGAAAACUGAUUUCCAAAUUUGAAUUUUUAUACCUGGAGAACCGCUAGUCAUGUAACAGCAAAACAUUCUAGAAUGUUUGUGGUAUAUUGAAAAAUAAAAUAGAUUAAGUGUACUUAACACUUCUCUAGGUAUGUGGUUUACAGGUGCUUCAAACUUCAGUGAACUUGGGCUUCUCUGACCUUCAGUUUGAAUGUUCCAUUCACAUUAAAAUUUUUUGUGUUUUUUUUUUCCCCCCAUGUCUUUAUAAUCUUUCUGAUGUAGUCAAAAGAGGACUAGAGAAACUUUUUGCCUUUAGCAAAUCUAUCUUUAUGGGAAGCUGGAUGCACUUGGUGUUCAGUAUUAUUUGUAAUAAUGUUUAAUGCAGCUAUUUUCCAAAAUAUUAACGUUACAAAUGUAAAAGCUUGUACAUUAAAAUACUUAGAACAGCCCAGCUUACUCAAGUGUAAUCGAACUUAAACUCAUGCUGGUGUAUUAAAAUAUUGCGGUAAAUAAGCUUAUGCUUACAAAAAAACCCUUUGUUUUUAAAUUGCACUUUAAAUAAUUUUGUCAGAUUAGCUAAACUGUAGAGACUGCAUUGUACCAUGUGUUGGUUUUUUUGUCUUACACAUUAAAUGGAUGGGAAAGAGACAAUGUUAAAAUUAAUGAAUUUAAAAGUUUGGGUCUAGAUUGAUUGCUUGGGUGAAUGACAAAGCACUUUGGAAGAGUUCAAGUCUUUGAUUACAAAUAUUUAUGUCUGAAUGCUUUCAUUAUUAAGAGAUAAGGUUCUCAUAAAUGCAGCUAGUGAGAAGGAAGGAUCAAAUAUGAUAUGGUUGUCUUUGAUGACUUUCUGUCUGGAAUCAAAGAUUUAGAGCAAUUAAAAUAAUUUACUUGCCACUUAGAGGGUGAAGUGGCCUGUAAUAAUCUUGCCUGUAUCUCAUAGAGCUGUGCUGUGACCCCUGAUUUCUAGACUAAGGGUUGCUGGAGGUGAUCCUGAAAUUUUUAGUUCAGGACUGUUUAAUACUUGUUGCUAUGAAUUGUUUUUUGAGGAAGAUGAUUUUAUUUUACUUUUUCUUUCAAGGGGGAAAGAAUAGUGAGUUGAUGUGAAUAGAGUAUAUAUUUUUUUGUGUUGACAUUUUGCACACUGUAAACUGAAUUCUAUUCAAUUUUGUAGUGGAUACGAUUUUGUAUACAAAUUUUGCUGUAACUAUUUUCAUGCUGUAGUUGUUCUAUCUUCCUGUUUAUAAUGAGAAGACUACGUUUGACUUGCUGGUCGUAUUUAUCACAUCAGAGGAAAAUGUCCGUUUCUUCCACACUUACACUUUACUGCAAAAAUAGCAACUAGAGGGUUAAACCACUGUUGUCUUGGACAGACCUGUUCCCGGUUGCAAGGUAAAAAAUUUAAGAUCACACAUAAUGCCUGAACUCGUAAUGCAUUAUUGCUUGUUGCACAGUUAAACAUCUGACUGGUUACUAGCACGUGUUACCCCCUCACUCACUUCCAUAAUCAAGGGGAUUAUAAUUGUCAUCUAAACAAAAGACUGAAAUAUUUCUAAACAGAAUUUGAGUUAAGAUGUGUGAUUUGCUUUAAAUGUGAUCUAAUAAAUAAAGUGAUCUAAUACAUCCACUGA